UCCGGUGCGGACCUUCCUCUCUUCCUCUGCAUCGGGACGCAACCAUGGUGAACGUCCCGAAGACCCGCAGGACCUACUGCAAGAAGUGCAAGAAGCACCAGCCCCACAAAGUUACCCAGUACAAGAAGGGCAAGGAUUCCCUCUAUGCUCAGGGUAAGAGGAGAUAUGACAGAAAGCAGAGCGGCUAUGGCGGUCAGACGAAGCCCAUUUUCCGUAAAAAGGCCAAGACGACAAAGAAGAUCGUGCUGAGGCUGGAGUGUGUUGAGCCCAACUGCAGGUCCAAGAGAAUGCUGGCUAUCAAGCGAUGCAAGCACUUCGAGUUGGGUGGCGACAAGAAGAGAAAGGGCCAGGUCAUCCAGUUUUAAGCUGUGGACCAUUCUCUCUGAUCUGUCACCAUUUUCAAUAAAUGUCUUCAAAGUUA